GGAUGCCUUUGUCUCUUAUCACGGAGGUACCGAUGUACGCCGCUUGUCCUCUGCUGAGUACUACGGUAUGGGUGGAGCUAUAAAACGACAGAAAGUACAGCAAGAACGCAAAAAAAAGCUUAGGCAUUGAAAGCAUUGAAACAAAUAUGCCAGCAUCGAAAACUGCAUCUAUUCAACGACACAUGACAUAUCUAAAUUAUAUACUGCGACACGUGGACAUCUUGCUGAACUUUUACAAUUUUGAGACCGCAAAACUAAAAUGGCUAAACUAUGUUGGGUCUCAAAAGGUCAUUCAAGAAAGUGUAAAUAUACUAUUGAAUGGUGGUAAAAAGUACAACAGAUCAAGAAGAAAAAACACUAAAAGGAACAGAAAAAAAAAGGAAGAAAGCACGAAGGUCUGCGAAUAAAAACCGUUUUGAAGAAGGCGAC